AUGCAUCGUCUUUUUUACAUUCACAUCUUCCUUUGCUCUAUUCGUGCCGUGCACUGCUUCUGCCCCGCCCUGUGCACCUGCAUAUACCACGGCCGAAGCGAUGGAACUGGAACCAGAUCCGUGCUCUGCAAUGACCCGGAUAUGUCUGACAUCCCCACAAAUGUCCCAGUGGACACGGUCAAGCUGCGGGUGGAGAAGACAGUGGUCCGCCGGAUCCCGACGGAGGCCUUCUACUACCUGCCAGAGCUGCGCUACCUGUGGGUCACCUACAACGCGGUGACCGCUGUGGACGCCGGCAGCUUCUACAACCUCAAGGCACUGCGGGAGCUGCGUCUGGACGGCAACCUGCUGUCCGUCUUCCCCUGGGAGUCACUGCGGGAGACGCCGGCGCUCCGCACACUCGACCUGCACAACAACCGGCUCACCAGCAUCCCCGCCGAGGCCGCCCGCUACCUCGGCAAUGUCACCUACCUGGAUGUCUCCAGCAACAAGUUGACCACCCUGCCCUCCGACCUCAUGGACAUCUGGCCGCCCUUCUCCGGGCCGGUGCGGAGCGGCGACGGCUCGCAGAAAGUGGUGCUGGGCCUUCAGGAUAACCCCUGGUUCUGCGACUGUCGGAUCUCCAAACUGCUGGAGCUGUCCAAGAUGGCUGAGACGGCAGUGGUGCUGCUGGAUCCAUUCCUGGUGUGCAGCGGGCCGGAGAACCUGGUGGGGGUGCCCUUUCAGCUGGCCGAGCUGGACCAGUGCCUCAAACCCUCCGUCAUGACCUCCGCCACCAAGAUCACCUCCCCCCUGGGCAGCAAUGUGCUGCUGCGCUGUGACGCCACAGGGUACCCCACCCCCACCCUCGUCUGGACUAAAUCCAACGGCCCGCCCGUCAACAACACAGUUGUGGAGGAGACCCCAGGAGAGGGCACACGGUGGUCCAUCAUGAGCCUGAACGGGGUCCUGUACAAGGACGCGGGGGAGUACCGCUGCCGGGCCAAAAACGUGGCGGGCACGUCAGAGGCCUACAUCACCCUGUCUGUGGUGGGCGUGGUCACCACGACUCCGGCACAGGGGAGGAUCUCCAAGCCAGGUGCGGCCAGCCAGGCGUCGACAGACUCCGUCCUGGUGACGGGCACCGGCGGGGCGACCGCCAAGCCCCCCGCGCCACCCCCUGCACAGACCACCACACCCCCUGCCUCCACCCCCCCAUCAGUGUCCACUAAGACGGGCCAGCAGAGGGCCCUCCCCAUCGGGGAACAGCAGGGGCAGGGCAGCAAGAGGACGGCGGCGGACGCCAGGGGCAAGGCCACCGGGAGUAGCAGCGCUCAGAAACCCCCCAUCCGAGACAUCCGGGUGGCAGAGGUGGUGGCGGACAGCGUGGCGCUCCUGUGGACAGCAGAUGGGCUAGCAGGCGACACCCCUCUCACUGUUGUGUACUCCCCAUACGAGGAGAAAGAGAAGCUGACGGUAACCACGGAGACAGGGGUGGGCAGGCUGGUCCUGCAGGGGCUAAGGCCCAGGAUGAAGUACAUGGCGUGCCUGAUCGCCAAAGGGGGGCAGUCGCGGAAGGACCAGUGCGUGACAUUCUCCACGGCGGAUGUCGCCGGGGAGGAGAGCCUGAGCCUGGCACUGCUGAUCGUCAGUGGCGUGGCAUGCACUGUGGCCGUGCCGCUCAUCGGCCUGCUCAUCUACAAGAUCACCUGCCUGUACCGCCACAAGGCAGGCAGCUCCGCCGACCAUGACCAGGAUACCUAUGUCAAAUUCGAGACGCUGUCUCUGAAGCAGAGGACCAUGGGUAGUCAGGGCAAUGACCUGUGGGCCAGGAGACAGACCCAGGAGUCGGAGAGAAUGUUGCUGUUCUCCAGGUCCAGUAUCGACUCCCAGAUGACCUACAAGAGUGACAGCUCCAGAUCGGAGUAUUUGUGCUAG